AUGUGCUGGCGUUUCGCUGGCUUCAGGAAUUUCUAUUCAGGUAAAUAUCUCACUGCAGUUAAUACAGAUGUUACUAUCGGAAAAAAGAAAUCGCUCUCUUUUCUUCUCAAGAAGAUGUUUGUUUGCACAAGUGGCUUCAAAACUCCACCUCCUCUUCUUGAUUUGUCUAGAGGAGAUUCAUUCCCAAAUACACGAAUGGAAAAGAUGCUAAGGACAAUCCUCAACAAGAAGAUACAUCCACAAAGUUCAAAUAAUACUGCAAAAAAGUAUUUGGAGAAUCAUAAAAUUAUAGAUGAAGCAUGUAAGUAA